AUGGCGACGUUCCAAUCCAUGGGCAACGACGUCAAACUAUCUUUCGCAAAGGUUGCAGCUGCGUCGGCAUCCAAAGACUCAGCUACCAUGGCAACUGCUACGAAAGCAAACGCUCCGGUGAUCGCCCGGGAUAAGGUUGCGGUUCCGAUCAUGGUGGCUCCCGCUGUCCCUGUGCCAGCGACCACGAUAUCUGGCUCUGCCUCUGUUUCGAUACAAAGUGAUGUACACCCAUCCCAGUCUGCGCAAAAGACUGCCGAUGAGGUUAAAGCUUCCCAGGACAAUAUCGUCGAAGGACUCAGAGAUCUGAAGCUCGAGACCAAGACAUCAGAUGUCCCUAUCAGCGUUCCAUUGGUCAGCUCUGUAUUGACGCCCAACAAGGUAGUCAUCAGCCAGACACCCUCGGACGACAAUUCGAGAGCCGACUCUAGCUCCGAGCUCGGCACAAAACCGCCAAGCUUGGAUGGCAAGAGCAUCACCUCUGGGACUACCUUUAACGCAUUGGACGAGAAGGAGUCGUUGCGUCCAGAUGACAGUGCCAGUAUGAAGGCUGCCACCGAGGAUGACGACGCCUUCUCCAUCCGUGGAUCCUACUUCAACGGCUCACGAAUGGGCUCCGAGGUUGCGGCUCGUAUCCACCGCAUCCAGAUUGGAGAUAUGCCCCCACGGGCCAUCACCACACAAGCUAUGGCCGGCGGUCAGGGUCAACUAGGCCUUGCUACGCCUCAGAGUGGCAUAUCCGACAAACAGCCAGCGGCGGAGACUGAACUGCCACUGGCAACCGGCCCCGGCGCUCCUGAUGGCGUGACGGCAAAUGGUGGAUUCCUAAGCCAGCACCCGGAUGAAAAGCUCUUAGAGGCCAUGCGAUCAGAGAAAGAUCGAUUCAGCCUCUUGAAGAUGGAACAGCAGGUCAUUGAGUUUGUGGAAAAUUCAAAGGAACCGUUCAUGGAUUUCCCACCAAACAAUACGUUUUGGAGAAUGUUGACACACAAGCUUGCUGACUACUACCAUAUGACGCAUUCAUAUGAGGCGGUCUCGGGCGCAGUUCGUAUAUACAGAACUCCUUUCUGCAGAAUUCCUCCACCACUAUCCACCAUUGCGCCGUCGACUUCUAACACCAGCUCUCCGGCUCCUGCUGUGAUACCGAGGAAGAUUAUGCGACGUGGCGAGGACGGUGAAUUUGCUCCUUCUAGCGCAAAUCCAUCAAAGCCGACUUCAGAAGCUGGCAGUGACCCCAAAGAUAAGCCUGCGAAUAGCAAGGAAAGAAUGACUAGGGAAGAGCGGGAAGAGGCGUAUAACCGGGCGAGGCAGCGAAUCUUCGGAAACAUGAAGGAAUCGGAUUCUUCGGGCCAAGACGGUGAGACCUCUAACGGAGUUUCUCGGGCGAGCUCGGUAUCCGCCAAGGACAAGCCCAAUGGCAAGAAGAAGGCGAACAAGCAACGUCGCGAUGAUUCGGAAACUUUCGACUCGCGGUCUCAAUACGUUGUCUAUUAUGGAGGCCCCCAGCAGUCAACAUGGGGACCGGCACCUCAAGCCUACCCCAUCAACAACGUCCCUUAUAACGUCCAGUAUCAGGCACCAUACCCAACGGCGGUCCCGACGUAUGCGCCUAACCAGGCGUAUCCGCAAAACCAAGCCCUGCCGCAGAAUCAAGGCUAUCCGCAGAAUCAAGCGUAUCCGCAAAUGGUUCCAAGUAACGGAUAUGCUCCUCAGUAUGGCGCAAUGGCAAACUAUCAGUAUCCCGUUCCUUCUGUUCCGCAGCCUGCAGUACCAGUGCAACAGCAACAACGUUACCAGCCUCCUCCUAACCCCCAAGUUGCUCCGCCAUACACUCCUCCUAUGCCCAGUGCAUCGCAGCCGGCAUGGGGGCCGCCACAGCAAGGCUUCAACCAGCCUGGGCCCGGCUAUUCAUCUCGAUCGAGCACCUCCCCAGGAGGAAUUCCGUAUGCCUACGGACAACUCCCAGUGAAUGCCAACCCCCACGAUCCGAAAAGCCAACACCCAAUUCCCGGCAGCUACAACCGUCAGGCGCUUAACCCCAAGACGCAGUCAUUUUUGCCCGGAAACGCCAUGUCCAUGAUGCAACCGCCGCCGGGUCCGUAUGCCAGCUCUAACCAUAGCAGCCCUCAGUUCUUGCCGGCUCACAUGAACUACGGUGGUUACCAACAGCCUAUGCCACCACCACCACAGCCGGGCUAUGGUGGUCCCGGUCCCAUGGGCUAUGCCAUGUCGAGGCAGGGGUCGAACAAUUCGAUGGGACCGUAUCACCACGUACAACCCCAGCAUCAUGGUAUGCCCCCUAACGCAUCUCCCCACAUCGCCCACAGCAAGGUCGUAGGCGGUCCGCCACCGCCUACCGGACCAUCGGGACCGCAAGGCUACAGCCAUCUCCCAACAUAUGGCAACCCUGCCUCGUUGCCACAGAAACCUCCUAUGUAG